AUGCCAGAACAUGUCCCUCUCUCGCGACCCUGUAGCCAACCAGCCCCCUGCCACCGCCGCAACGGCAUCGUUGUUCAGCCUGUUGAGCCAGUCCCAGCCCGCCUACCUGCCACCCCGCCGGCCCAGGCGCCGGGGGUGGAUUUUGAUUUGGUGAUGCCGUCGGGUCGCGCCCUGCUCGUUGUGAGGGUGAGGUUGACUUCCUUUGGAGACGACUCCCAACUUCCCAAGCUGCCUUCCACGCGCUUGCUCUACCCCCACUGCCGGGUCGCCCUGCUCGCUGUGCGGGUGAGGCUGACUUCCUUUGGAGAUGACUCCCAAGCGAAUUUUUGUCUAAAAGGACCCCCUCUUGAACGUGAAUGUCAGAAAAUACCACCUGCGAAUGCUAAAGAGGGAAAUGACCCCCAUCCCUCCGUGGCGACAGGUGCGCCACGUGGCACCUGCCGCCACAGCCCGAGGCGGCUGGAGCCUGCCGCCACGAGCGCAGGCGGCCGACAGGGGUGCCGCCACGAGGCAAGGCUGCGCACGGGAGAUUCCGUUCCCGCGUCUCGGCGACGUAACGGGAAUGAGAGGCGGGGCCUGUCGCCUCGGCAUAUGGCGGCCAGGUGGGACAUGCCGCCUCGGGAGGAGGCGGCGGGUACUGUUGUCGUGCUGAAAUGUACUGACUGCGCGGAAUUUCACUGACUGCGCUGAUUUCGAGGCUCGUUGAUUCCUACGCUGAGACAGUCUCCACCGACGAAACAGUAGCACGUUUUUCCCGCUCUUCACCGACGAAACAGUGUGAAAAUUUUCUUUAUAAACGAACUGCGUCGCUGUCUCCACUCUCACUCUCUUCUCCUCCCGUUGCCUUCUGUGUCACCCUCUUCUCUUUCUCUUUCUCACUCUCUUCUCAAGAACUAGUCCAUAUGAAGGUUUAAGUUGCGAUUUUGGAUGGUUUAAAGUUAGAUUUUGAAGACGUUGCAGUUGAAGAAAAGAUAGAUCAAGGGAGUGUAUUAUCACUUUCAUGGAAUUAUUUUGAAGACGUAGUUGAAAAUAAGUUAGAUCAAGG